AUGACGACUACCAAGCGGGCUUACAAGCUACGUAUCCUUUGAAGUUCGCUUUCUGAUCUUUCCCCGCCCGGGCUAUUUUGAAGUUGUGAAUGCCUGAAUGAGGAGAAGCAUGAAUCGCACUCCACCCUCCUCUCUCAUAUGAAAAAAUGGAACUAUAGUCCCAUUUUAGAUGCAUUCGCGUCAACAAACCUCGAGCUUUUUUUUUUGUCUCAUUGACGUACAAUAAUGGAGUCUUAUUGAAUUCGAUUUGCGACUUACUUCUUUAUCCGGAACGAUGGUCUUCCCUGUUGUUGCUUUUGGCAUCAACGAGUAGGCAUCACUUUCUGGGGCCAUUGGAGUUAAAUGUCUGUCUGCCCUUGACUAACUGUGGAACCAGAGGAAUUUGUAGCUCACGCUUCUAGUGUCAACUGUCUGAAGAUUGGAAGGAAGACAUCGAGGGUUCUUGUCACUGGAGGGGAAGAUCAUAAGGUUAAUCUCUGGGCUAUCGGAAAGCCCAAUGCCAUAUUGGUUAGUAAUCCCACUUCUCAAAAAUUCAUUAUCUCUGAGUAUUUGCCUUUCCUGAAUCAGAGUUUGAGAUUUUUUAUGAAUUUUGUGGUUUCUGUUGUGAAAGAAUAUUUUUAGACUUAUUUUGUUUGGGAUUUACAGAGCCUUUCAGGUCAUACAAGUGCCAUUGAGUCAGUGAGUUUUGACUCUUCUGAAGUAUUGGUUGCUGCUGGGGCAGCAAGUGGCACAAUAAAGCUGUGGGACUUAGAAGAGGCAAAGAGUACUAACUACAUUUGCCAACACUUCAUUUUCCUCUUACACAAUAGAAAACAGAUGGUUGAUUCUUGACAAGGCUAUUGCGUUUUUUGUUUCUUUAUGAUUGCAGUUGUCCGCACUCUUACAGGGCACAGAUCAAAUUGCAUAUCAGUUGAUUUUCAUCCUUUUGGGGAGUUCUUUGCUUCUGGCUCCCUGGACACAAAUCUUAAGAUAUGGGAUAUCAGAAGGAAGGGGUGCAUUCACACCUAUAAAGGCCAUACGAGAGGCGUUAAUGCCAUCAGGUUUACACCAGAUGGUCGCUGGGUUGUCUCAGGUGGGGAGGACAAUGUCGUGAAGGUAUGUCCUCGUACCGCCUAUUCUUGUUUCUAUGAUGAACCUUUUUGCAUGUGUGUGUGUGUGUGUGUGUGUGUGUGUGUGUGUGUGUGUGUGUGUAUUUAACACCAUCAAUUAAAGGGUACCCAAUUCGUCAUUUUUUUCUUAUUUUUAUUUACAGCUCUGGGAUCUGACUGCUGGAAAACUAUUACACGACUUCAAAAGUCAUGAUGGCCAGAUACAGUGCAUUGAUUUUCAUCCUCACGAGUUUCUGCUGGCAACGGGUGAGGCAGAUAUUCUCUAAUUGGGUUUAUAAAUUACUCAGAUUAUGAUGUUACAUUGUGGUGGUGGCUCAAACAUAAACCAAUAGUUUAGAGAAAAUAUUUUUUGCGAAAAAAAAGACGUUAUAGAUGAGAAGAAAGAUGGAAAAAACAAAUAUGACCUAUGUUAAGUGAACCAUCUUUAUUUACUAUUACCAUGAUCUUCUCAAUCUGUGAUUCUUUUUCGGGGAGGCCUUUGCAUUCUAGCUGCGGUUCUUUUUUGGGGAGUUGCCAUGGAUGAGGGUUUUUAUUGGUUGUGAUACCUGUAAGAGACUAGGUGUUUCUUUUCUUCAUAUCAUUAAUGACUUAGGCUGAUGCAGAAUCUUGUCUUGAAAUACAUGAUCAACUUCAAGCAUGAAAUAAACACUCGAGUCUUCCCGCACUAGUGUCCUCAUUCUUAAAUUGAACCAACAGCGUAGCCAAGACUGCAAAACUGUAUUUUCAGUUCCUCUCCUCUUAUUCCCUGCAUUCCAAAGACUGUUGGUUGAUAGCGUAUGAUUCUCUCCUUGCAAUUCCCCGGUUUUAAUUCAACAUGAUGAGGUUUAAUAACUUUUGUUGAACAGUGAAAUAAUUUGGAGCUUGCCGGAUUAGAGAAGUAGCGGCAUGCAUGCGAAGGAUAAUUGUAGAGCGUUAUUCUUUGGUCUCAGAGCGUUGCCUAGAGAUUAAGCAAACCUGCUGGUUUACCAUACUCUUAGAUAAAACAGUGGUAUUCUGUUAUGGCUAUCAAACAGACACUUUCCAUAAAAAGCACUCUCUGACUUUGAAAGAAAGCACAUCUUGCUGGUGGAGGGCCUGGUUGUUUUGCGGGAUGCCAGGGUGCAUAAGAUACUAUAAUUUGAAGGAACGACGUGACUCAAAACUUCAUGUUUGUCUCUUCAGUUUAAAUACGAGCAAUCAUGUAACUUAAUUCUGUUUUUUUUCUAAUAUGGAAGUUGUUGUCAUAAUCAACUCCAUACAUUUUACAUGGUUUUUGGUGUCCCAAAUCUUACGUUUGUUAAUUCUCACUUGUGCAGGUUCAUCUGAUAGAACCGUUAAAUUCUGGGAUCUGGAAACCUUUGAGAUGAUUGGAUCAUCAGGACCUGAGGUAAUCAAUGUUUUGUACGUAAUGCUAAAUAUUAAUCAAUACCAGCUUCCAAAGAUGUUUACCUUUUUAUUUUAACUUUCAGAAAGUGUAUUGGUAUGGUUUUCCAUGAGAACUAUGAUUAUUUUGUUUGGAAUUUUCACUUCCACUUAUGUGUUGAACGUAGAAGAACCUUAGAAAUGUAUGUGUUCUCUAUUUGAUUUCAGGACGUCGCCAAUUUCAUUUUAAUCAAUACUUUUCGGUCCCAUAAGUACACAUAUAUCUUGAUUAACUGGACUUCAGUUGUUGGAACGAAAUUGUAGGGAGAUAAUAUCUUAAGUUCUGAAUUUUGGUGUAUUCUCUUGUCUUAUUUGUAAUCCUACUUUUUUAGGCUUUUGUUUUCAGUGACCCCGUGCUUGUUGGCGAAUUUCUAUUUUUCAAGGUUAUAAAUUAUCACUUUCUGUAGACUUACUUCUCUUGUCUAAUUUAUGAUGUCUUAGAAAAAUGAAGUGAAAUGCUUUCGUCCAUCGGCAUAAUUUUUGUUCCCUAUGGUCUGAUGCCCAUAAUUUGCGUAAUAAACUGAUUAGUUGCCUGUCCAACUUCGUUCAGACUAGUGGUGUUCGUUCCAUGACUUUCAACUCCGAUGGGAAAACUCUUCUCUGUGGAUUGCAUGAGAGUCUUAAGGUAAAUCCCUCUUAAGUUACUAGUUGAUCCGUCCAAUGUAAGAUCCUCCUCCAUAUUAUCUUUCUUCAAACUCGAUUAAUAUUUUGACAACAUAGGUACUUUCUUGGGAACCAAUAAGAUGCCAUGACGCGGUUGAAGUCGGGUGGUCCAGAUUGUCCGAUCUCAAUGUGCAUGAGGGGAAACUUCUCGGAUGCUCUCAUAACCAAAGUUGUGUUGGAAUAUGGGUUGUGGACAUCUCGGUAUAGUUGAUAUCUCUGUUUUCUGCGUUCUUUGUAGCAAUCUACUAGUUUAAGAUUUUUCAGACUAACCAUUAUUCUUCUGAUGGAUUAUUUUGUCUAUUGUUAUCUCUAUUUCAAAAAGCAAUGUAGAUAAUCCUUGGCUUAGUGCGAUCUAUUUUCUCUUUCUAGCUUAUUUUGGUUAUUUGCCGACGUUUUCAGGGCAAAUGCUAUGCCCUCUAAUUUUAGAUAAUGUUUGUCAAUCUAUUUUGUUUUCCUGGUAUUUUUCUCACAAAGUUAUUCAUCACUAGUACCCUUAUUUUGCAGCGGGUGGAGCCAUAUGCAGUUGCUCCUCCAAAGUCAAAUGGUAGUUCUGAGUCAAAGUCUGUGUCCAGUGGAAGCCUUUCUCUACAAGUUGACAACACUGUGAAGGCUGGUAUAGGAAGGUUAUCCAUUUCACAAAAUACAGAGCCUGUGGCGAAGGAGAACAAAGUUGUGCCAUGUAGGUUAUUUAUUUCUAUUGCUUUUUGCUGCCGUAGUGUGUCAUUUUUUUUGUGGUAGAAUAUUAAGGCAGAAGACAUUUUUUCUGUGUCUUAUGGCAAUUUUGGUUGAACAUGAAGCCACUGGGAGUGUCCCUGGAACUCCUCAAAGAGCAGGAUUGAACUCUGGCCUGAAGGUGACUUCAACAAGUUCAGUUGCAGCUCCUAGCGUUGCAGCACCGAAGAGAACUUCAUCAAAAACAAGUCAAGCGAAUAUUCAAGUCUUUAACAAAUCUGAUGUGGUUCCAGUGAUUGUCCCAAGAACUAGCCCAAGAAUAGAGCUACCUGCUGAAUCGAGGAAAGAUAUUGGUAUUGGAAGGACAGUGCCGUACAGUGUUCAACCAAAAUUGACAGAUUUCCGGAAGCUAACAAACAAUAGGGAUGACUCGGAGAAGACAGGUUUCCCUGUUCAGAGUCUCAGGAAUGAAACGACGGGCUAUAAAGGAAUGGAAUCAGACGAAUCUGUGGCUGAGAAUUUCCCAUCUACAGCCAGCGUCAAUGGCGCUAAUCAACCAGCAAUUUCUUCUGCAAGGAAUUCAAUUGAUGUUAGAUCUAUUGGAAUGAGCAAGUUGGGCGCAAAUACGCUCGAGUCAAAUGCCAAUCACCAGAGCGAAGAUUGUAUGCCCUCUAUAGUUUGUUAUUUUGCUUCCUUCAGCAUAGUACAUACAUUGCUUUUAGACAAGCAUCUUAAAAUGCUCUCAGAUAGCAUUUAUUCACAUACUAGGGCUUUCAUCAGCUUCCACGUUCAUUUUUCCUCUUUCACAAAAGGAAUUCAUGCCAAUAGUCAUAAUAUAUUCAAUAUCUUGCUUCACUUUUGCCUCUGUAUCAAGGAUGAGUUCAUAUUAUUUUUCUGCUCACCAUUAAUGUACCAUAAAAAAAUGAAAACAAACUAAUGGAACGUGCUUUCUUGGAAUGCUGGUUCGUAAGACCAUGUGUAUUCGUCUUUCUAAACUGAGAUAAUUUGGUGUGAACAUCUUCUAGAUUCUUACGAACCUGUUUAAACAUUGGGCAACGUCCUGGGUGAAAAAUUUACCAGAAGAACCAUACAUUUCCCGUCAAAUAUAUGAUUUAAACUAGUUAUUUUCGUUGCUACACCUUCAUUGUUUGCAAUGCAUUUUUUAUCUAAAUUUGUGAAGUCUCUUUUCUUCUUCUUGUUUCACAGAAUGAAAUUAAAUUUUCUCCCAUUUUUGUUUUAGAUGAUGUUAGAGUACCAAAGACGAGAGAUGUGUGCUCUGUAGAAGUUCCUAGAAGAGGUAUAACUUUCAUUGUUUCUUAUCAUUGAUCUUCCUAGAGAUUUACUUAAAUGUCUGGUGUGCUUUUUAUGCCUUUCUGGGUGCAACUAGGAAGGGCGCAUUCUCUUGUUACAAAUUGGGAAAAGAGGGAGCGAUCACCUGGUUCUGAAGGUCCGACAUCCAGUAACUCUUUAGAUACAAUAAGAGUUGCCAAUCCUUCAUACACCUCGGUAAGAGACCUUAUUUUAUUCGAAUUUAUGUGAUAGAUUGCUUCAUAUUGGUGCCUGUGACUGAUAGUGUGCCCUUGUAAUUUAUUCAUCUUUUACCCCCCCCAGUACCCUUUGACAUGCCGACUGCUAGAUUAUUGUGGGAUGUUUAACGUUGGUACUAUUCAAUGUUUUUCUUUUAAUACUAGUAAGAGUAACUGGAGAGUGUAUCAAGAAUGCACCUUUCUGAUUGUCAUGUAUAAGAUGCUAUUAUUCAAAAGGUAUGUUAAAUUUUAUGGAAAAGGGACAUAAAGCUGAUAUAUUGUAGCCUUAAUGACCUCUCUAUAAGCUAUCAUUUGAGAGUUUUUUUAUAAAUUUUACUAUUGAUUUGUGGGGCUUUAAGUUGCCUUAGAUGUUAGAAAAAUCACUUGGCAUUAUCAUGACUGGGGCCCGCUAUACGUUCUUAGUUUUGCCUCGUCAUUUCAUCAUGUCAUGGUUAUAUAUAUAUAUAUAUAUAUAUGUCCAUCAUCAUGUCUUUUUUAUUGCAUCAUCUAAUGACCGUUACCAACAUGAUGUUCCUUUGCCUUCUUACUAUAAUGUCUUUCUUUGCACAUCUAAACGACCUCAAAUAGCUUUCACGUGUCCCUAUUGCUGUCGCUUUUCUAUAUCUCUAAUAAGCUAAUUUAAUGCAUUAGUUCUUGUCUUCCUUUCUCAAAUUUGGUUUCUCAAGUCUUUUCAUUUAGGUGCUCUUGCUGUCAUGUAAAAAUUCCGUUCAAUCUAAACCUGGUAUAUGGUUGUUUAUUGGCAAUAUGCUACCGUUAAUCAAAUGAAUCAUUGAUAAGAUUGUCUCUGGAUACUCUUUGGCGUGCAAGUACUCAUGCCUAGUCUUUUUCGUUUUUCUUCACAGUCAUUCUCCUGGCCUGGUACUAAGAAAGUUGUGCUGGUAGCUAUAAGCUGAUCUUUCGCUUUCUUAUGUUUAUUGGAAACAUUUUAUCUAUGUAAACUAUCUGCUUCGAUAUCCAGCAAUUGUCUAUCAAUGCAGCAGAUAUGGUGCCUUUUUUUUUUUUUUAACUUGCAUUUCGGAGAGAGACUUUAAGCUGAGACCUGACAUCCUUUUCUCUCUUCCUCUUGCAUUUUACAGAGACCCCACGUUUCCUCUGCUGAGAAACAGACAGUGGUCGCCACUGAUGAGGAUGCAAUUGCUAAUUUAUUAGGACAGCACGAGCAAUUUUUGUCAUCUACACAGUCUCGUCUAACAAAGCUGCAGGUCAAUCACAAACUAUAUACUUUCUCUAUAUUCUAUGUUAGUGACUAUAAACUCAAAAUUUUGUCGGUAUCUAUUUCUGUUCACAUGGUAUGGCCGAGAGAAGCGACUUAAAGAAUUAAUUGAUACUCUGAAUUCCUGACAAACGCUGUGUGUAUCUAUCGACUAUGGCAGGUUGUACACCGACUUUGGACGCGGGAUGAUGUGAAGGGUGUCAUCAAUGCAAUGGACAGGAUGUCAGAUAAUACUGUAGGUCCCAGAUGAUUCUGAAUCUAUAUUUUUCUUUUCUUUUUUCUCUCUGAAAGUAUCGCUAUUUGUCUCGUGAUCCUUUGAUUGCAGGUUUCUGCAGAUGUAAUCAGUGUAUUGGCGGAGAAGAGUGAUGCUGUCAGCUUAGAGAUUUGUACUUGCCUUCUACCACUCCUCACGAGUCUUCUUGAUAGCAAGACAGAUAGGUAUACGUCGUUCCCACAAAAUAUGUUGCUCUGUUGUUUUAAAGUCCAUAUCUUUUGAUGGUCAUCCUCAUUAUUGGGGGAAAAAUAACACAAGGGUCUGGGUAGAUCAUCUAUUUUUGGUAUGGAAAAAAACUCAAAUAUGUUCAUUAAUCAUAGAAUAGUAUGCGAAGAAAUUGCUCUGCCUGAUUCAGUUCUAGGUUCCGGUGUAUGAGAUUGGUGGAGAUGUAUGCUUCAAAAUUGCAGCUUAUGGUCGAAAUCAACAUGGUUAGGAUCCUAGUAAACAGAUGCUCUAGAUGCCAGUUUUGGGUGUCAUGGUUUUUUAUGAUGAUUAGAAUGAACCUUCUUGUGGAAAUUAUUUCAGUCUUCAUCGAGUAUCGUUGAAUCAAAACCCCUGUUAUCCUCGGUGAACAACUUGUCUGAAGUUUUUCCUGCUCCUUUAUGUUGCUACUUUCUUGCGGCAACCCAUCUCUUCACAUGGAAGGUCAAUAAAACUCCCUUGGGUGAAAUCUCUCUCUCUCUCUCUCAACUUCACCUUUACCUUGGGCGGUGAAACUGUCCCAAGGCUUUCAGAUUUCUAUGCGUAGUUGUCAGUCUGCACCCAUUUUCAUAGUCAUAAAAUUACUAGCCUCAUUGAUAUGAUUCAAACUUUUGAGAUGGACUGGCCGCAUCCAUUCUGACGGGAAUGCGCCAUUUAACAACGUGAAUUCAGGCACGUAAGCAUUUCUCUGGAGAUGCUGCUGAAGCUUGUCAAAGUUUUUGGCUCCAUGAUCCACUCAACUGUAUCCGCAUCUAUAUCUGUCGGUGUGGACCUUCAAGCAGAACAGAGGUUCGUCCCCUCUCCCUCCUCUCCAGAUCAUCAACAUGAACUCUCACAUGCUGACAGGCUUACCUCAAAUUCCUCACAAAACAGGCUGGAGCGAUGCAACCUGUGCUUCAUCGAGCUUCAGAAGGUUAAGCAGUGCAUACCUUCCCUGACGAGGUCAGUGGGCAUUCUGAUUUGGGAAUCACCUCCAUAUUUUCCAUGAGAUGGCAAACCUACCUCACUGAUUGUUGUUCAUCUUCCUUCCUUCUCAGAAGAGGAGGGUCCAUUUCCAAGACUGCCCAGGAGCUGAACCUUGCCCUGCAGGAAGUAACAUGA